ACCACCGAUAAAUAUGUGAACCGCUUAUUAUUGCAAGGAGAGCGCCAUACUUCCUUAUUUUUCUUUUGAGCGCAAAACGGAACGAAAUGGCGACUGCCGUGGAAGGGGACGAGCCGCUGGAUUGCGAAGACCUGACCGGAGCGGAGAUCAACGUCCUUGUGGCCGAGGGUGUGAGGAAACUGGUCAGAAACCUGUCGGCGCCAGAGUCCAGCCAGCGGGAGCUGCACAGAAAGGAACAGUUGGUCGCGAAGAUGUUCGUCGAGCACCGCGGGACCUGGCGCACCAAUGGGCACGAGGUGAGGCGCAGAUUGGACGAUCUGGUGGAGCGCUUUCGGGUGGAGGGCAUGGCCCCUUUUGGAAAAACGUUCAGAGAGCUGGUCAUUAAAUUACUGGCGCGGCCGGAAAUCAAACGUAGUCCCACUCCCGAAUUGGCAUGGACAAUGCUGGACUUUCUUCUCAUCAUGUCCAGCGAACCGGUGCAGGACAUCCGUCUCAACCGGGUGACAAGAAACCGAAGCCGACUAUCCAUGAUCCCAGGUAUUGAGGCGUCCGAGAAGGAGCAGAAGGAACGGAAGGCGGCCAUCGACCGGCCACCCAUCAAUCCCGCCGAAACGGAGGUGGACUGGACAGCACUGCUGAGCGAGGACUUCCUGGAACCACCAGAGGACGACAGCUUAAGUGACUGGUCGGAUGAGUCGGAUUCCGACUCGACGUGUACUUUGCUGCCCGGUGAGAAUGUGGGCACCUCGCGCAGCCUGCUGGACAUGGCCAAUAUCUAUGAUCAGGCCAUGCAAGUGGCCGUUCCGGAUAGAAGUGGAAACACCGGCUACCUGCCGCCGGGCUUCGACCAGCGUGGCAUCCGGAGCAACGACUUCAGCAUCGCCCAGCCGCUGCCACUGAGCCUCCUCAAUUAUCAGGGCAGUCAUCUGAGAAUGAGUAGAGUGGUUCAGUUGGCGCCACUCAAACCGCCGGGCAUAGCCACCCAAUACCGUGUAAGUGAUCGAAAUACGAACGUGCUGUCGCGGACAAUCCACGCCCACUGGUGGCACGAGAACGUUAAGGUUUUUGCCCUGCCCUCGAAUUCGAAUCCAAUGGCCAACUUUGCCGUCGGCUACGUGCAGCUCUUGAAUCGCAAUGCCUGUGGUUUGUUGGAGCUGCCACUGCCCAAAACCACCACCGAGUCCUGCCUGAUGAGGGAGAUCCUGUUCAUGUUUGUGCGUCCAGCCAGCUGUUGCUUCUUCGAGUUCGAUGAGCAGACGAGGCGCAUCAAUGUCCGCAGUAAUGUCAGUAUUUGCACUGUGACAGCGGGUACGCUUCAGGGUUUCCUGCAACAUAAUCUGGUCCCAGCGCUGGAGGACAUGAUGGAGCUGCGGCGCACCAUCGACACCCAUACGUUGCACUUUGAUGGCAUCCGCACAACGGGUACCUUGGAGUGCUUUGCCUACGGCCUGAGAGAUCUUAUCCAGCCCAUUUGCCAGCUGCUCAUCGCAUACGAGGAGCGAGUCGUUAGAAAUCCCGCUAAGAAUACGCUGGUCUGUUUCAUAAUGGAAUUCAGAGUGCACUUUCGACAGCUGCGUUUGUUGCGUCACCUUGCCGAAGAUGUCAUCCUAAAUAUGGGACCUCCCCACCUGCGCAGCGCCUAUUUGCUAUCCAGACUCUAUAGGCAUACAACGCCGCAGGUGAUGCACCAGAAGUUGGCCACUGCCCUGCUGCUGGUCACCCUGAAGCGCUACUGCAACAUCAUCGACGGCUGGUGGCGCAGGGCCACGCUGGAGGAUCGCCUGAACGAGUUCAUUGUCGAGAGAUGCGUCGAGGAUGACGCGGAUCGGCGUGGCUAUGUGCGCAAGCGCUCUGUGGACUUAGAUGAAAGUUUGGAGGUGGUUGAGAAAUUCAAGCAACUUCACGCGUGCCCCAUUUACCAGCUACUACUAAAGCACGCCCUGGAGUCCGGUGAAACGCAAGACCUGCUGGCCAAUGUUAAUCUUCUGGGCGAGAUGCUGGCCACCACCAACGAAAGCCAGCCGCCGUCCCUGUACGAUGAACUUACCGCCCAGGUCUUUGCCCAGGUGAAAGUUUACUGUGGUGAUGUGCCGACGGAUGAGGAGGAUGCCCAGGAGACGGAAGAAAAUCCAGAGCAAGCGGCCGACAAGGUCUUGGUUAGCAAUGUCCAGGGUAUUAAGAAUCUAGAUCUCUUUGCCAUAUUUACCCUACCGGCGCAGCGGCGAAUUGCAGAGCGAAAACGCCUGCGCAAGACAAAAAAGCCAAUUCAAUUGGCUAGCAUUCUGAGCCGCUUGGAGCGAUCCACUCCACUCCAGCUGAAGGCAGAGAUACCAGAGGCACUGCGCGAAAUUCUGCGAAAGAGACAGUGCAUGGCGAAUGAGUACGCGAUGCGAGCGUAUUACAAGGAGCUGCAGUUAGGCGAGACUGUAAGAUUCCUGCGGCAUACGAUGAUGCUGGAGGCGUACUACCUACUCCUGCCCUACUACACCGCGCUCUUCUCGCGAAUUGAGAAUACCGAAAACUGGGCACGGGAUUCAGUGCUCAGUUCCAAACUUUAUCGGGUUCUAUUGCCACACUACCCGGACCUGGCUGACAACCUCCAUGUGAACGUAAUAUCCAAGGUGACCUGCAAUUCAACAAAAGUCUACGAGGCCCUAGAGGCUCUUGAAUUGGUAUACGACAUGCCAGUGGCCAUGCAGGUCAUCCUCACGGACAAACAUAUGCGAGGCUACAAUUCUGUCUGGCGGCUGAUGCUGAAGGUCAAGUGGGCCGUGUGGAAGCUGGAGAAUCUCGUCUUCCUGCGUCGCCACAAGGGUAAUCCGUAUGCACCCUUGGAUCUGCUGGGACUGACAAUUCGCCGCCUGGAGAUCCUGCGCUUUUGGUUGAUCUACCUCAUCAACAGCCUGCACACGCACAUUAUGCAGGCGGUGGCUCAGCAGUUUGAGCUUCGGAUUGCUCAGUGCAAGAACAUCCGACAUUUGAGGACUCUGCACGACGAGUAUCUGUCGUUGUUGAGGAAACAUUGCAUGCUGACCGACGAAUUUCGAGACUUUCGCAUCGCCCUCGAUCAGCUCUUCCACCUGGUCUUCGUGCUGGACAUGGAGUGGACCAGCUGCGCCUGCUAUCUGGGCCAAAACGAUGCGCUUUGCUUGGAUUUCACCCUUUCGGAUGACGGCAUUGAUGAUGGCGAGUCGGAAAGGCGGGGCAUGGAGUAUUUGGCACUCAACCAGGUGGUGGAGAUCGAGUUGACCUACAUACGGUGCCACCAGACGCUGGCCGAGAUACUCAACUCACUGGUGUACAAACACGACCACGGAUUCCUGACUGCUUUGGAAGUGGCCAUCAACACGAGUGUUCCGCACUGAAUUUGAAUCUCCUCAAAGGAUUUUGUUACGCAUUGCCAUACCAAUCAUCCCAUCCAAACAUUCCCAUACCCAGCCGAAUAAAAAGAAGCUUAUUUUUGUUGAAACCUCA